AUGGUGAGAGAGUGGGACAUCGUGGAGUUCAUUCGAGACUUCGACAUGAAGCUGACGGUGGAGGAACCUUAUGAGUUCAUAGCCCACGUUCAAGCCCAGCCAAUGAUUGACAGUAAAAUCAUUGAAGCCCAAGAGGGCGAUGAGCUAUUGAAGAAAAUGAGGGAAGGGGCAACGAAUGAUGGAAAGUCCAAAUGGAGAGUCGGCACCGAUGGGGGACUGUGGUACCGAGGCCGCCUUUGUGUUCCAAACCUUCAGGGACUACGAGAAGAAGUUUUAGAUGCCGCCCACAACUCCAAGUUGGCGAUGCAUCCCGGUAGUACAAAGAUGUACCGAGAUAUAAAGCGAACCUAUUGGUGGGAUAACAUGAAGAAGGAAAUAGCGGGAUAUGAGAGUUGGGACGACUGCCUCCCAUAUGCCGAGUUCACCUACAACAAUAGCUUCCAAGCUAGCAUCGGUAUGGCACCUUACGAGGCCUUGUAUGGGCGUCCAUGCCGAGCCCCGCAUUGCUGGGAGGAAAUUAGCGAGAAGGGUUUGCUAGGACCGGACCUGGUGCGGAUCACGACCGAAAAUAUUGGAAUUAUCCGGCGCCGCCUCUUGACGGCUCAAAGCAGGCAGAAAAGCUAUGCCGACACAAGGCGAAGAGACUUGAAAUUUGAAGCUGGGGGCCACGUAUUUCUCAAGAUCUCCCCAAUAAAGGGCGUUUUACGCUUUAGCAAGAAGGGGAAGCUCGCGCCAGGGUUCAUUAGGCCGUUCUAG